AUGUUUAAUAACCUUUAUAUCAUCGAGCACCUCUCAGAAGACCAAAAGGGGCCUACCCAUCGAAGUCGGGUCAAUAGCACCCCUUGCCUUUUGUCUCGACUUCCAAACCUUGCAUUUUUGCGAAGAGAAGGGGAAUUAAGCGCGGCAGAAGCUAUCAUCAGGCAAAUACGGUCACACCCUUCCUUCAGUGAAACAGAGCAUCAUGAGCCGGAUGUCGAUCAGGAAGGCGGAACAAGGAGAAGAUCGACUUCCGUUACUUCCACAAAUACGGUAAGAUCAGCAUUGGCCCCAGCUAAGCCGCUUCAAUGGAAAGAGCCCCAAGUAUUUGAGGUAUUUCGGGCUGUUGAGCGCAAGGAUAUUAUGUUCCUGAUGGAGGUACGAGACCAUGCAUUCCAUUUACUUCUGCAAAAAUCCGGGGACGUGACUCCGCUUCUUCACGCGAUGAGGAUAGGUCAAACCCACAGAGAUGUGGCUAUCCUCCUCGUUGGUGCCCUAAGUCGCUGGGUAAAUCAUCUCGAAGAUGAAGAAAUGCAGAAGCCAAAAACUAAGACUCUGCUCAAAGCUCUUCGCACAAAUUUAAAGCUAGCCAUAGACUAUGGUUUACAGCGCUCCCAAAGCGACUUGGUCGCAAGCUACCUCCAAACUCUUAUCAUGUCAGAAGGAGAUAAAUGGGUAAGGAACUCGGUAGAAAGCGUGUCUCUUUGCCUUCAAGGUGGUAUUGAGGGAAAGCCAGUUGCAGCGGCUAACAACGCUGUGCGAAGUUUUGCUACAAAAGAGAUGACUAAAGCGGAAGGAAUCGCGGCAUUGGAGGACUAUGUUGCAAAUGCCACGUUUGACCUUCUUGCGAUGGCAGCGUGGUCACUGGUUCUCCGUAUAUGCCCAAACUGCAAGCCAAUCCCCACGUACUAUUUUGCAAGAGACGAUCGGGUUUACAAAGCGUUUGCUGAACGAGUGCACGAGCAUCGAGAAAUAAUCUUUAAAGCGGCGAGUAAGCGACUUCGUUCGCAACUGAAAGUCCUCGGCAAAGUUGGCGAGAUGUCGAAGACUGUGACUUUCCGCCGGAAAGUGGAAAUCCUCGCUGGCGAUCUAGAUUAA